AGAUAACUUUCAACUAACCUAGAUAUUUUAGAAGCCGUACUAUUUAAUUAACUUCUGAUUACUUGUUUGCUGACGCACUUAAUCCACUUGUUUUACACACUUUUAACUAGGAUAGACUUUUAAAUUUAGUUCUAGUUUUAGUUUAGCAGUAAUUAUGAGGUAUUUUAACUCAAAAAAUGCACUUUCUUUUAUGGACAAACUCCACAUGACUGGUCUUAGCUGACUUGCAUGUUUUUUUUUUUCCUCGACUGACGUUAUCUGACACUUCUAUGGCUAACACAAUGAAUCUCCGUCACCGUGGGCAAGGAUGACAACUAAAGGUUGGUACCGGUAAUGUGUUUGGAUGUAUGGUGCGAUGCACGCGAAGUUGCAACAAAUAGAAUUCCAAAAUUGAUGGAUGCUGAAUAGAACGUGUCUCAACAAAUGAAGAACUUCAGUCUAUAGUGCCAUGUAACACUACAUACAUCACAAAAAUGCUGAAUGUGUUCUUUUAACCAGCCUACAAUCCAAGUCAAAUUCACUAUUAAAUUAGUGAGUACACCAACAGUCGUUUGAUGAGAGCAAAGCAAAGACACAAAAGUUUUCUUCGGGUUAACACACAGAAAAAAAGAUUAAUUUAUCAACACAACGCAUGUAAUCGCAUGUCCGUCCCGUGUGUGAAACAUAACAGUGAAGUCUGUCGUUUUACGCUUGCCUUGCUAUAAGGUGGACACAAUUUGACGCUCUACUCUCUUGAAUAAGAGGUAUUCAAUGUAACUAACAUUCAUUCAAUCAACGAGCACUGCUUUUCCUCAUUGCAUAGCAAAGAAAGUGCAUUCAAGUGUUAUCUUACGACCCUUAUGCGAUCACAGACAUACGCUUCGAGGCGAUGUCAAACGACCCAAAACAAAAAUGCAAAUCAAAUUUGUCAUCUCUUUUGGGCCUCUCGAAGAAAUCUAGUGAUGAUGUGAACGUUUGUGAGAAUUUCGCUCUCUACGCGGCAAUUUUUCAAUAAACUAGACUCGAUAUAUCAUGACAAUAUAGAAAAUAAAGUGACAUGAUGGCAAAGAUGCCGUCCUUCGUUAACGAUACAUCAUCAGCGGACAAUCAGAACAGUGGAAUGCAGGAAAAACCAGCGUCCUUGUACUGUGAUGGGAAUGGCUCACCCAACACCGAAACGGAUGGUUCCCGGUUGAGUGUGCUGGCCAAACAGCCGCUCGACUUUCUGACCCGCACCGACGAGCGCAAUUUCACCGUUACCAACUCGGACAUCGUCUGGACGGUGGUGUCCAUCCUGAGCCGAAUAGUGAGCAUCCUGCUCAACAUAAACCUGGCGUACGACUACUACCGGAAGGGAAAGGUGGACUACUUCAUCUGGACCACUUGUGGAAUAGUGGUGCCCGGCAUCGUAACCAGCACCCUGACCGUUUACAUGUACCUGGAGGACAUGAAAGAGCAUAAAAAGGUACGCAAAAGAUGCUGCGAAAUUCUGAUCUUCAUCAUCAUUGUGCCGUUGUUCUUCCGGUACUGCCAAUCGUUGGCGUACGCCAUCCAAAGCAAGAUCGCCGAGGCUCGAAACGAUCGCGAUGCGCAGAAGAAGUACUACGAGUUCAUGAUCCAGGAGGACAGUGACGUAGCGUUAGUACGGAUAUUCGAGUGUCUGCUGGAAGCGGCCCCGCAGAAGAUCCUCCAGCUGACGAUCGUUCUCUCCGGGGAGGAUCGCAUCACGUGGCCCCAGCUGUUGGCCAUUUUCGGAGCCAUCACCGGCAUCGCGUGGUGUAUGGCUUCGUACUAUCGGUGCAUUCGGUUUUCCCAGCCGGACAAACGACACAUGUCCUGGUUGGGGACGAUUUCGCAAAUUCUGUGGCACUUCUUCGUCACCAUGUCGCGAAUCCUGGCGAUCGCAACCGUGGCCAGUAUCUUCCCGAAGUAUAUGUUGAUCGCAUGCUUCGCACACUCGUUCACCAUGACACUGUGGAUAUUCUUCUUCGAUCGUUCGCCGUUCUGCAGUUCGACUAUGCUGCACAGUUUCCUGUUUUCCCUCGUCCUGGGGGUGGUGUUCAUUUUCACCUACAUCCUGCCGAGAGUGGGACGGACCUUUUAUCGCUACCUCAUCUACUACAGCCUGUGCGGGGUGGAGAACCUCGUCUGUGUCGUAAUCUACCUCUGUUACGUGCAAAAUGCCACCAUUCGAGAAUCGUUUUAUUUGCCGCUGCUGGCUGCAGCUCCGAUCGCGCCCUUUGCGAUCGGAAUCCUCUCGAUGGUGUGCUACUACAAGAACUUCCAUCCCAACAUUAUGUCACGCAAGCAACAGGAGGAUGCGUCUAGCGUAAGUGCCGGAAGCGGUUCUGCGACUGGCGAAGAAUCCCAACCGCAAUCGGCGGUUAAUGGAGUGACCAAGGAGACUUCUGGCGUGGCCAACGCCAAGGACAGCGGAUGCGAGUAAGUAAUUUACCGGAUCUUCAUCAUCAGUAUCAAUAGGGCAAUUUUGUUUAGAAACCUAAGUAGAUCUAUUCGUUAAGUUGAGCGAACCGUGUGUUAUUUUGUUGAUAUUUUUUUUUUGUGAAUUAACCGUGAUGAGAAAUAAUCAGACUGAGACCCAGAUGAAAUCACUAUUUUAGGACUAUGAAACCCACUGCGAUGAAGCUUUAUAGUAUUAUGAUGAGCAAAUUAAUACAUGAGUAUACAUAUCUUGA